CAUAAAAUUUUGACAAACAAAUCAAUUAUAUCGUUCAUAUGAAAUUAAUUUUUCGUUUUUUAAGUUAGUCAGUUUAUUACAAUUUCAGUUACAAAAUUUUGGUUAACGAAAUGAAGAAUGUCGAAGGAAAUUGAAGAUAAAUUGGACGAAGAUUUCUUGUUCUACCUAGGUUUCACGACCGGCCUGGUCAAUAAGUUUUCCGACGGAGACGAGUUCAAGCAAUGCCAGGCAUGGCUUCAAAAGCUAGUCGGUCAACGUCACGUAGGAACCGAGCAGAAACGAAAUCGGAACAUUUAUUUAUCUCAAUUGGUUCUUUGCGUUGAAGAAGGAAAACUGACAGGUCCAUUUUUACAACAUCCAAACGAGGUGGACAUAUCAAACGCACUUGAAGUUUUUGGGCCCCCGGCAACCGAAGUAGCCGAGCCCGAAUGGCUUAACGAAAUCAAACGUGUUCAUCCUUCUGUGCUUGGACAGGGAGAUCGGAGAGAUGACGGUCGAACCUAUUUGGCAACCCGUACUAUGCCAGAUGGUCAAGGAGCAUUUGCUUAUUUAGCUGUGACAUUAGCAGAUGACGAACCUAGAUGGCUCGGCGGAGGCGAAGGCGUUUUGGAUGCGAUGUUCGAACAGAAAUUCGCAGAGAAAUGUCCACCAAGAUCUAAUCUAGAAGCAGCAUUAGCUCGAAGAAAAGAUCCGGAAGAAAUAAAACGAGUAAUCGCAUUUUAUGAAGGAAUAAUACGAAAUAUAUCGGACGAAUUGGACGGGGUCGUGACGACUUGCGAAAAUAAAGCUGUCAACCACAUGAUCGAACAAUUAAAAGAAAAUCUAAUUAAUACAGGCCAGUUUGGUUGCAUAGAAAGUCUCCCUGAGAAACAACAGCGGAUCGAAUUGCUACUUAAAUUACACGAACGGGUUCACGCCAGAAAACAAAUGGUAGUAAAACGGGAAGAUGCCCUGGAUGAUCUCGAACGAUCAUUACUACCUCAGUCGUUUUUCAAUUUUUCAAUGAGUGCUGAAGAUCAGGUGUCGUUUCCCGCUGCGAUGUGGCAAGCUGCGAUCAACAAAGAUCCUACAAAGAAACACAUGACUCAGUUGCAACAGUAUUAUCCAGCCAAAUUGGUGGACAGGUUUGUCCAACUACUUUCCGACGAGAAAGAAGAAAUCGCCGUACGAAUGCAACAGCGGCACGAAAGCAUCGUUUCACAAAUGAAAAGGGAACUUCGCAAGGAAGCUGAGAAAGGACAAAAAUGGGUAGACGAAGCAAAAGAAGCUUGCGAUCAGUUCUACUCGAUUUUAUUAGACGUCAGGGCGCAAAGGGAGAAGAGAGAUAAAGCGUUGGAAGAGAUAGAGAAGAACAGAAAGAGGGGCGGUGUCACCGAGAAAACUGAAAUAUACGAACAGAUGAGGAAGGCGCUACUUGAAACCCAAAGGAGCGUCGAAGACGAGGCCGAAUUUGGAAGACAACUUGCCGCUGAAAUCAACGUCGUUAACGCGCAAACUGAACAAAUACAGCAAAUAACUAAUGAAUCAAUUAUGAAAGUGGAAGAAGCGAACAUGAACUUAAUGAGAAAUAUAAAGAAACUGAGAGGGGCUAUUAAACAGUACGAAGCUAGAAUACAAACAAUUCAACGAACGACGCAGAUGGUCCUACAAGGGAAAGGUCAAAAGUUGCUCCUUAUUGACUGAUUACGCAUCUUGAAAGGAACUAACAAAAGAAAACUACAACACAAAUCAAAGGAAGUUUCGUAACAGAAUUAAAAAAUUAUUGGUUCUACAGUGUAUUUAAAUAAUUGAUGUAUAUUUUCUACUAUAAAUGUCAUACAUU